AUGUUGUCUCUCCUGAUAACUCUCGUAUUGAUGUGCGCAGGAGUGUACAGCCAACAUAACGCUGCUUCUUUAUCCAUCAACUCAGAUGGAUCCUCAGUUAUGACUGGCAAAUUCGGCUUAGCUCAUAACGACAAGAAUGCCAUCAGUGCUUUGAUCUCCAAGUCCUCAACUGGAGUUAUGAGCAAAGGACUUGCUCUAGAUAAUGCGAAUGGUCACGGCCUGUCGUUGCAACACGCAAGCGUUCCCGGCUUCGGCACACAGUUGACUGGCGCUGGAAAGUUGAAUUUAAUUAACAAUGCCAAUCAUCAUUUGGAUGCUAACGCCUUCGUCACCAAGAAUAUGCCUAACAUCCCCGAAGUCAAAGUGCCCAACUUCAAUACUUUCGGAGGCAAUUUGGAUUAUAUGUUCAAGGACAAGGUCGGUGCCACCCUGGGCGCUGCUCGGACUCCAUUCUUGGAACGCACCGAUUUGUCAGCGAUGGGCAAGCUGAACCUGUUCCACACGCCCACGUCAUCCAUUGACCUCAACGCUGGUUUCUCCAAGUCUAUGUCCCCACAUUUCAACACCAACUGGCAACCAUCAGGCGUUUUAUCAUUCAACAAAUUUUGGUGA